AUGGAAAGAUUAAAUCAGUUGGCUGGCCAAUUGUCCCCAUCCUCAAAGCAAGCCGUGCUUGAAAAAAAGCCAGAUGACGUGGUUAUCGUUGGUGCGUACAGAACUGCGAUUGCUAAGGGUGGCCGGGGCUCCUUCAAAGAUGUUGGCUCCGACUGGAUAUUGACUCAGUUCUUGACUGCCUUCCUCAAGAAGACGGGAGUAGACCCGAAUUUGAUUGAAGAUGUUGCUGUCGGCAACGUUUUGAAUGUUGCGGCAGGAGCAUCCGAACACAGAGGUGCAUGUCUUGCCGCCGGAAUCCCAAAUACUGCUGCUUUUGUGGCUAUCAACAGGCAAUGUUCCUCCGGCUUGAUGGCCAUCUCAGAUAUCGCCAACAAGAUCAAAUGUGGUGAAAUUGACUGCGGUAUCGGUGCUGGUGUGGAGUCCAUGUCCUCGAACUACGGGCCCCAGUCGAUCCCUAAAAUUGACCCUGAGUUACAAAAGAACGCGGAGAUGGCCAAGUGCAUGAUACCCAUGGGCAUCACGAACGAGAAUGUUGCCGAGAAGUACAAUAUCCCAAGAGAUAAGCAAGACGCGUUUGCCGCUGACUCGUACGCUAAGGCUGAACACGCAGUUUCCUCGGGCGCUUUUAAGUCUGAGAUUUUGCCUAUUGAGGCAUACACAAAGGAAGAUGAGGAUGAUGAGGACGAAGGCUCGGGCAAAAUCAAGAAGUUCACGGUAGACACCGAUGAGGGACCAAGAAAGGGUGUCACCGCUCAGCUGUUGGGCAAGUUGAAGCCUGCGUUCAAACCCACGGGGACAACCCACGCCGGGAAUGCAUCACAAGUAUCUGACGGUGCUGCCGCUGUGUUGUUGAUGAGAAGGGACUUGGCGGAGAAGAAGGGGUACCCGAUCCAGGGCAAGUUUGUCUUGUGCAGUUCUGUGGGUGUACCCCCAGAAAUCAUGGGCAUUGGACCUGCGGUGGCCAUCCCAAGUGUUUUGAAGAAAACUGGCUUGAAUGUUCGUGACAUUUCCGUCUUUGAAGUCAACGAGGCCUUCGCUGCACAAUGCUUGUACUCGGCUGAAACGUGCAAUAUUCCUAGAGAGAGAUUGAACAUAAACGGUGGUGCUAUUGCCUUGGGUCAUCCAUUAGGAUGCACCGGUGCCAGGCAAUAUGCCACUAUUUUGCCUUUGUUGAAGAAGGGCGAGAUUGGCUUAACUUCCAUGUGCAUUGGAACAGGAAUGGGUGCUGCCUCGAUUGUUGUUAAAGAAUAA